CAGUCUUCUUCCCCAACUCCCUCUCCUCCAUCUCUUUUCCGCGCACAGAGAGAAAGCACAGCGGAGGCAGUGAGUAGCAAAUGGUUGCCCAAAGAGGCAGCCCAUGGGGGCUCCGAUGUCUCUUCCUCUGCCUGGCUGUUCAAUUUGCUCUGGAGGCGGCCGCCGAGUACUUCAAGCCAUUCAACGUCAGCUACGACCACCGAGCUCUAAUCAUCGACGGCAAGCGCCGCAUGCUCGUCUCCGCCGGAAUCCACUACCCCCGCGCCACUCCUGAGAUGUGGCCUGAUCUGAUCGCAAAAAGCAAGGAAGGCGGGGUGGAUGUGAUCCAAACUUAUGCAUUUUGGAGCGGCCAUGAGCCAGUGAGAGGACAGUACAACUUUGAAGGGAGAUAUGAUAUCGUCAAGUUUGCAAAUUUAGUGGGAGCCAAUGGACUCUAUCUCCAUCUACGCAUAGGGCCUUAUGUCUGCGCUGAGUGGAACUUCGGUGGCUUCCCCGUGUGGUUGCGUGACAUCCCUGGAAUAGAGUUUCGAACAAACAAUGCGCUUUUUAAGGAGGAGAUGCAGCGGUUUGUUAAAAAGAUGGUGGAUCUGAUGCAAGAGGAAGAACUAUUAUCUUGGCAAGGUGGUCCAAUUAUCAUGCUGCAGAUUGAAAAUGAAUAUGGAAAUAUUGAAGGGCAAUUUGGUCAGAAAGGGAAAGAAUAUAUUAAGUGGGCUGCUGAGAUGGCUUUAGGUCUCGGUGCUGGGGUUCCAUGGGUCAUGUGCAAGCAAGUUGAUGCUCCAGGAAGUAUUAUAGAUGCAUGCAAUGGCUACUAUUGUGAUGGUUACAAGCCAAAUUCCUAUAACAAACCAACAAUGUGGACAGAAGAUUGGGAUGGAUGGUAUGCAUCAUGGGGUGGAAGAUUGCCUCACAGGCCUGUUGAAGAUCUUGCAUUUGCAGUAGCACGCUUUUACCAACGUGGAGGAAGCUUUCAGAAUUAUUAUAUGUAUUUUGGUGGAACAAACUUUGGGCGGACUUCUGGGGGCCCGUUUUAUAUUACUAGUUAUGAUUAUGAUGCUCCAAUUGAUGAAUAUGGUCUGCUGAGUGAGCCAAAAUGGGGACAUUUGAAGGAUCUACAUGCUGCUAUAAAGCUCUGCGAACCUGCUCUUGUUGCUGCUGAUUCUCCGAAUUAUAUAAAGUUGGGACCAAAACAAGAGGCACACGUGUACCGUGUGAAUUCUCACACCGAAGGCCUGAACAUUACUUCGUAUGGAAGUCAAAUCAGUUGCUCCGCAUUCCUUGCAAACAUUGAUGAACAUAAAGCAGCUUCUGUAACAUUCCUUGGGCAAAAGUAUAAUCUACCACCAUGGUCAGUCAGUAUUUUGCCAGACUGCCGGAACGUGGUGUACAACACUGCCAAGGUUGGUGCACAAACUUCCAUCAAAACAGUAGAGUUUGAUUUGCCCCUUUAUUCAGGUAUUUCUUCACAGCAACAAUUCAUUACCAAGAAUGAUGAUUUGUUUAUCACCAAAUCAUGGAUGACUGUAAAAGAGCCAGUUGGUGUUUGGAGUGAAAACAAUUUUACGGUCCAAGGAAUAUUGGAGCAUUUGAAUGUGACAAAAGACCAGUCUGAUUACUUAUGGCAUAUAACCAGGAUUUUUGUUUCAGAGGAUGACAUAUCUUUUUGGGAGAAAAACAAUAUUAGCGCAGCAGUCUCAAUUGAUAGCAUGCGCGAUGUGUUGCGUGUAUUUGUUAAUGGCCAGCUUACAGAAGGCAGUGUCAUCGGUCACUGGGUCAAGGUGGAGCAGCCUGUUAAGUUUCUGAAGGGAUACAAUGAUUUGGUUUUGUUAACUCAGACAGUGGGCUUGCAGAACUAUGGUGCUUUCCUGGAGAAAGAUGGGGCAGGAUUUAGAGGACAGAUUAAACUGACUGGCUUUAAAAAUGGUGAUAUUGACUUUUCAAAGUUGCUAUGGACUUACCAGGUUGGGCUUAAGGGCGAGUUUUUGAAAAUAUACACCAUAGAAGAAAAUGAAAAGGCAAGUUGGGCUGAGUUAUCGCCAGAUGAUGAUCCAUCCACAUUUAUAUGGUACAAGACAUACUUUGAUAGCCCUGCUGGCACAGAUCCAGUUGCUCUUGAUUUAGGAAGCAUGGGUAAGGGCCAGGCUUGGGUCAACGGCCACCAUAUAGGAAGAUAUUGGACACUUGUUGCUCCAGAAGAUGGAUGUCCAGAAAUCUGUGAUUACCGUGGGGCGUACAACUCCGAUAAGUGCUCAUUUAAUUGUGGGAAGCCUACUCAAACCUUGUACCAUGUACCGAGGUCAUGGUUACAGUCUUCAAGUAAUUUACUUGUUAUUUUGGAGGAAACUGGCGGGAAUCCAUUUGAUAUUUCAAUCAAGUUGCGAUCAGCCGGAGUCCUCUGUGCUCAAGUGUCAGAGUCUCACUACCCACCUGUUCAGAAGUGGUUCAAUCCAGACUCUGUGGAUGAAAAAAUUACAGUAAACGAUCUGACACCAGAAAUGCACUUGCAAUGUCAAGAUGGGUUUACGAUAUCUUCCAUAGAAUUUGCCAGCUAUGGAACACCUCAAGGUAGCUGCCAGAAGUUUUCUAUGGGAAAUUGCCAUGCAACCAAUUCAUUGUCCAUUGUCUCCAAGAGUUGCCUGGGAAAGAAUAGCUGUUCAGUUGAAAUAUCAAAUAUCAGUUUUGGAGGUGACCCAUGCCGAGGCAUUGUUAAGACGUUGGCAGUUGAGGCAAGAUGCAGGUCAUCAUCAGAUGUUGGUUUGUCUCAGUUCUGAACCAUUAACAAGAAGCUGGGGGUGAAGAAUGGAGUGGUCAAGCUUUGUAUUUCUGAGGUAGAACGCGUGCAUUGUGAUUCAUAUGUUCGGCGUGCUUGUUAUCAUGCUGAAUUUGCCAGUUAUUAUGCUUGUAUAGACGCCGCAUAAUGGCAAGGGUUGUAAAUAAGAGAAACAAGUUUGAGUAUACUCCAUGGACCAUAACUUUGUUAUGGCAUUCUAAACUGCAUACUACUACAGCUGGACAUGUGCUUACGUAUGUAUGUAUUAGAAGGCAAUGUUAAUGAAUAAUUCUGCCCAAAGGCAUUCAAAUA